AUGAAACUUUUACAUUUUUGUUUUUUGUUUCAGGGUAAUACUGGCUUGGGAUUUAGCAUUGCUGGAGGCAGUGAUAAUCCCCACAUUGGGGAAGACCCCAGUAUUUACAUUACCAAGAUUAUUCCGGGUGGGGCAGCUGCAGCUGAUGGCAGAUUAAGAAUCAAUGAUAUAAUUGUGAAAGUGAAUGAUGCUAAUGUUGUAAACGUCACACAUCAAACUGCUGUGGAGGCCUUGAAAAGGGCAGGGACCAGGGUUGUGUUGUUUGUGAAAAGGCCAAAGUCUGCAGCAGAACAUCUUCUAGAUAUUGAACUAGUUAAAGGAAAUAAAGGUUUAGGCUUUAGUAUUGCUGGUGGCAUUGGCAACGAACACAUUCCUAGUGACCAUGGUAUUUUUGUGACUAAAAUAAUUGAUGGAGGAGCUGCUGAACAAGAUGGUCGCCUACAAGUCGGUGAUCGACUUUUGGCGGUCAAUGAUGUGGAUUUGGAAAAUGUGACCCAUGGGGAGGCUGUCGCUGCACUGAAGGCUACGUCUGAGGUUGUGACAUUGACUGUAGCCAAAUCUUCCUACAUUCAUGAUGCAGUACAACCAGAUGCAUCAUCACCAUGUCAAGCCAGGGCAGAUGACGUUGUUCCUGAGGCUCCACCAACCACACCAGCAGCCCCUGCAACAACAGUAACCCACAAUACCUCAACAUUCCAACGACCCACCACACCCCGACCACUUACUGAUCCAGAUUCACCGUAA